UCUGCCCGGCCCGCGUGCUGAGGCGCGGCCCCGACUGGUCCUUCCCUUCCCCCCGCUCCAAGCCCAACUCUUGGCUUAAUUGGGCCAUUCGGGAACGCGCUUCGCGCUGCGGUUUUACUUUUCUUCAGUUCAGGCGGCGGUGAAAGCGUAGCUUGGGAAGUCAUCGUCGAGGGUGGGUGGCAGAGUGGUGGGCGCGUAUAUGUUUCUGUGAUCGGCCGUUAAGAGGCAUUCCUCACUCCCUACUGGGUGCCUCUUCCCUUGGAUAAGGAUUGGCACGCAGAGCACCGAAGCUGGAGAGCGAAAGACCUGCGCCUGCCCCUCCUCCCACAGUCUCUCCCACAGACAUCGUCAAUUCCUCUGUACCCUUUAAUCACCAGCUGUCUGCCAACACUACCCAAGACCAUGCUACAAAUGCCCUUCCAUCACCUUUCUGUACUCACAAGAGAGGAAGGUGGAUUUGAUUCUCUCUGUGCUUUUACACAUAUUGAAGAGGAAAUUCGGACUCUUAUUAUAAUGGGCUAUUGGAUAUCACAGUUGAUUAAGUGAACGUCUCAACCCAACACUUCACAGGAUUAUUGUGGGGAAAAUUGGAGGAGGAAGAACUGUUGAAUUCCUAUAUCGGCCUACAAUUGAAACAUACAUAAGAACUUACAUUGUGCAGGACCUUAAAGACUUGGCUCUUUGCCCAACCUUUUGACCACGAUGAUUGAAACCUUCAAGUAAUAUAAUAUAAGAUGUCCACUGAAGGGCAAAGAGUUGAUGAUAGUCCAAGUACCAGUGGAGGCAGCUCUGAUGGAGAUCAGCGGGACAGUAUUCAACAGGAUCAGGAAAGAGAACAAAUUCAACCUAAGAAAAAAGAGGGCAAAAUCUCUAGCAAAACAGCAGCUAAACUUUCAACCAGUGCUAAAAGGAUUCAGAAGGAGCUUGCAGAAAUUACAUUAGACCCUCCUCCAAACUGUAGUGCUGGACCCAAGGGAGACAACAUUUAUGAAUGGAGAUCAACUAUACUUGGACCUCCAGGUUCUGUAUAUGAAGGAGGAGUUUUUUUCCUUGAUAUCACCUUCUCUCCAGACUAUCCAUUUAAACCACCAAAGGUUACAUUUCGGACAAGAAUUUAUCAUUGUAAUAUUAAUAGCCAAGGAGUGAUUUGCUUGGACAUUUUAAAAGACAACUGGAGCCCAGCAUUAACAAUAUCCAAAGUCCUUCUCUCCAUCUGUUCACUUCUUACAGACUGCAAUCCUGCUGAUCCCCUGGUUGGAAGUAUUGCUGCUCAAUAUAUGACAAAUAGGGCAGAGCAUGACAAAAUGGCCAGACAGUGGACCAAGAGAUAUGCAACAUAGGAAACUGCUGAAGAAUAUACUGGACCUGUACAAGCACAUUCACUAAGUGCAUCAGUAACCCUCCUGUUUAAUUUUUAUUAAAUUUUGAAAUAUUUUGUGAUAGGGUUGAUUAUACUUCUCCUUUCCCUUUUAUUAUUUUAUUUUAUUUUUCUGCUGAACUUGAGAAGUGUAUCUUUUUAAUACAGAUUUGAAAUUUGGGUUACGGUGCAAGGAAUGUUGAAUCUAUAAUAGUAUAGAAUAGCGGUUUCCCCAAUCUUUCCAGCUCUGCAGACUGGCAGUUGUGGGGGUGAGAGGAGAUGGUUUCGUAUGUAGACGCACUGAUUUUACAAAUGCAGCUUUGUAUGCUCAUGCACUCGCCCACUGCUUUCCUGGCCUGAUUACCAACAGCCCACAGCCCAGCAGCAGACUGGGGAUCAGGGACCCCUGGUAUAGAGCUUUGUCACAAAACUUUAUAGCAAUGUAUUUUUUUCUUUUGUGUGUUUGAGAAAAGCAAGCACACUCAGAACUACAUAUUAUUUCUACUUAAAUGUAGUAUUUAGAAGAUUUUUUAAUGGAAGUCUUUAAGGGGGGUGCAUGUUACUGGGAACAGGUUUUCUAUAAAAAGCAUAAAAUUAAGAAUCACUGUGAAUUAUUAACACUAUGUUUUAACACAAAGCUACUGGAUUGAACAAUAGAUAUGUAUGUUGAUUUACUUAUAUAUAAAAAGUGCUUGUAAAUUUCUUAGGGAUCUGCCACUUUUGAUUACAGAUUAGUUGAUAUACACUUGUAUUAUUAAAACACUCAAUAAAAAACACUGUGACUAAUAAUAUGCAGUUUUUGUAAGGGAGUGCUUUUGCUCCUUGUGGAAUAGAGUAAGUUGGCCCUGGAUUUAACUAUAGGAUUUUUCAUUUGUUCUUUCUUCUAAGCUACUCAUUUUUGGAAAAGAAAACUCCGGUGUUGUCAUUUGUAGACUCAUAGUAGAAAAUUUUAUCUCUUAAGCAAAUUCUUACAUGUAUCCUUUUUUAGGGUUGCUGAUCAUCUUUUCUUACAGUGUUACUUAAAAAUCUGUGAAUUCUUUAGAACUUUCAAUAUUUGUGCAUAAAUAAGAUCUUUUUCCCUACAAAAGUCCUAAACUAGAUAAAGAGAAUUCAGUUAAACAAAUGAAAGCAUUAUACUUGCUCAUUUAUUCAGGAAAAUUACCCAAAACUAAAUAAUUGUGUAUGUAAUUAUUAGUUCAUUUGAAAUGGAAAUUAGACUCAGGUAUUUCAGUCACUGGAAUGAUAAUCAGGCAUCAGUGCUACUUUAUUUAAAGAACAGAAAUUUGGAUAUUCACUGUCAAAGCUUGAUCUUCACUGAGAGUGUCUCUCUCACACACACACAAACAAAGGAGAUUUGUGAACAUUAAAAACAAUGGUGGAUAUUGUCCAGAUGAGAGAAGGUUAAAAAACUAUUUCCAAAAAAUUUUGUGUACCAGUCCACUAUUAGACAGAUCAUGUAUAAAUGGAGGCCAUUCAACAUCAUUAUUACCCUAUUCAGGAGUAGUCAAACAACCAAGAUUGCAACAAGAGCAAUGCAUGUAAUGGUCAGGGAUCUCAAAGAACUGCAGGAGAAGAAAAUAAAGGCCUCUCUUACAUUGUAAAAUAUCAAUACCAUCUGUAGAAUACAAAGUAUAAUAGUGUGCAUGUCAGGGUUGCAAGAUGAAAGCCACUAUCCUGCAAAAAGAACAUUGCUGCCUGUCUACAGUUUGCAAAAAAACUAUGUGAGUAAGCCAGAACGCUAUUAGAAGAAUAUUCUGUAGAUGGUGAAACCAAAAUAGAAUAUUUUGGCUUGAAUAAAAAGCAUGUUUCAUGAAAGGUAAUCUAUAGAAGAAGAGACAAAGCCUGAGGUUGAGUCAAGAGAGGACUCAGCCUAGAAUCGAUGCAUUUCCACAGCUGCUCCAAGGUCAGUCCUCCUUGAAUUUUUUUUUUCCUUCAGAUCAAAAUUUUUUAUUUUCCGUAAUAAUUCCCACAAUUUGACCAGUGUACAAUACAAUCACUUACCCAACAAUCGAUCCUAUACUCAAAUUAUACUCCAUCAGGGCUGCUCGACCGCCACUCCCUCCCUUAAUCCUUUCUACCCUUCUCAUCCUUCUUCGACUUUCCCCAUCAUCCUUCUCCUCGCUUUCCUACUUCCCCACCUCUUUCCCACUUCUCACUACCAUCCUUUCUAACCCUCUAUCUUCUCCUUCUUCUUCUCCUCCUAUCCUUUCUUCUCCCUCCCUUCUUUCCUACCUACCUACCUACCUACCUACUUUCUUCCUUCUUUACUCCUCUUUCCUUACCCUUUCCCUUCGGGAGUGGUUACCGAGCAGUCCCGACUUUACACCAUUCCAACUUGUUUAAUUCUACCAUUAUUCCUGUACAAUGGCAAUCAAUCAAUUUAUAAUC